AUGUUAGAUACUACGAUUUUCAAUUCUUCUUCUUCUUCAUUCCUCAUUAAAAUGCAAACCACCAUCCAGUCUAAUCUUGAAAAAGCUGCUACUGCUACUGCUGCUACUCCAGCUCGACAAAUCGAAUAUGUCGAUACGAUACAGGCAUAUGAUCAGUGGGCGGAGAUCUACGACACAGACGGCAACUUCCUCCAAGCGCUCGACACCAUCGAAAUGCGAUCCUUGAUACCUUCCUUCCUGUCAAGAAUCAUGAAAGAGGGGAAUCCGCCUCUGGAGGAGAAUGACGGAUCUAGCUCCAGGUGCAUACCCAAGCUCAAACUCAAACUGAUCGAUCUAGGCUGCGGCACGGGAAGAAAUACCCUCCAACUCCUUGCCUUUGCGCCUUCUGAUGCGGAGAUCGUCGGGCUGGAUGCUUCGCGGGGAAUGCUGGAUGUUGCACGGGGGGCGGUGGAGAGGUGGUUUCUUCAGUCUUCUUCGUCCUCUUCGAGGAAUAUGUCUAGAGUCACGCUACAACAGUACGACCUCCUCCUGUCCCUCUCUCAACAACAGUGUCCAGCCCGAGACGCAUCUGGGAUAAUCUCCACCCUCGUCCUCGAACACAUCCCGCUAGACAUGUUCUUCGCGCACGCCACCUCCUUACUCCGUCCAGGGGGGUAUCUCCUCGUGACCAACAUGCACGCUGACAUGGGCGCCCUCAGCCAAGCUGGUUUCGUGGACAGGGCCUCGGGGAAGAAGAUCCGUCCGGAGAGGAGCUAUUGCCACAGGGUGCCGGAUGUCAUUGCUGCUGCGGCACAGGAGGGGUUCGAGGUUGUGGUUCUGAAUGAUGAAAAUACUACUGGUGAUGGUGCUGAGGGUGUCCGUGAAAGGAGCGUUACGGAGGAAAUGGUGGAUGUGCUGGGGCCGAGGGCGAGGAAGUGGGUUGGGGUCACGGUUUGGUUUGGUGUCUGUUUUAGGAAGAAGUUUGGAUUGUGA